CUCCUGGAAAGUGAAGACCUUGGAUGAGAUCCUCCAGGAGAAGAAGCGCCGGAAGGAGCAGGAGGAGAAGGCGGAGAUCAAGCGCCUGAAAAACGUAAGCCGCGCUCUCAGUCGGUUCUCACGGAGAUUUAAUUCUCUGCCCUCGUUUUUCCAUUAGAGCAGCGCUCCUGGGCGACGUUCUUUGUUCCUCCGAAUGUCGCAGUCUGAUGACCGCGACUCCAAGCGGGAUUCCCUGGAGGAGGGGGAGCUGAGGGACCACCGCAUGGAGAUCACCAUCCGGAACUCGCCCUACAGGAGGGAGGACUCCAUGGAGGACCGAGGAGAGGAAGAUGACUCUUUGGCCAUCAAACCGCCCCAGCAAAUGUCACGGAAGGAAAAAGCUCAUCACAGGAAAGAUGAGAAGAGAAAAGAGAAACGUAGGCAUCGUAGUCAUUCAGCAGAAGGGGGCAAGCACGCCAGAGUGAAGGAGAAGGAGCGAGAGCACGAGCGGCGGAAGCGGCACCGAGAGGAGCAGGACAAGGCGCGCCGGGAGUGGGAGAGGCAGAAGAGGCGGGAGAUGGCCAGGGAGCACUCCAGGAGAGAGAGGGACCGCCUGGAGCAGCUGGAGAGGAAGCGGGAGCGGGAGCGCAAGCUGCGGGAGCAGCAGAAGGAGCAGCGGGAGCAGAAGGAGCGGGAGCGGCGCGCAGAGGAGCGGCGCAAGGAGCGGGAGGCCCGCAGGGAAGUUUCUGCGCAUCACCGAGCCAUGCGAGAGGACUACGGCGAUAAAGCGAAGGCCAGCCACUGGAGCCGCAGCCCGCCCCGGCCUCCGCGGGAGCGGUUUGAGCUGGGAGACGGCCGGAAGCCAGUGAAAGAAGAGAAGAUGGAAGAGAGAGACCUGCUGUCUGACCUACAAGACAUCAGCGACAACGAGCGGAAGACCAGCUCGGCCGAGUCCUCCUCAGCGGAAUCCGGGUCAGGCUCUGAGGAGGAGGAAGAGGAGGAGGAGGAGGAGGAGGAGGGGAGCAGCAGUGAAGAAUCGGAGGAGGAGGAGGAGGAAGAGGAGGAGGAAGAGGAAGAGGAGGAGACCGGGAGCAACUCUGAGGAUGCGUCUGGACAGUCGGCAGAGGAGGUGAGUGAGGAAGAAAUGAGUGACGACGAAGAGCGAGAGGCUGAGAACCACAUCCUCGUUGUUCCAGAGUCAAGAUUCGACCGAGAUUCCGCGGACAGCGAAGAAGGGGAGGAAGAGGUGGGCGAGGGCACCCCCCACAGCACCGCCCUGACCGAAGGCGAGUUCGUGCCCGAAUCCCCAGCCCUGUCGCCCAUCGAGCUCAAGCAGGAGCUGCCCAAGUACCUGCCCGCCCUGCAGGGCUGCCGCAGUGUGGAGGAGUUCCAGUGCCUGAACAGGAUUGAGGAGGGCACCUAUGGGGUGGUGUACCGAGCGAAGGACAAGAAGACAGACGAGAUUGUGGCUCUGAAGCGGCUGAAGAUGGAGAAGGAGAAGGAGGGCUUCCCGAUCACGUCGCUGAGGGAGAUCAACACCAUCCUCAAGGCGCAGCACCCCAACAUCGUGACCGUCCGGGAGAUUGUCGUGGGCAGCAACAUGGACAAGAUUUACAUUGUGAUGAACUACGUGGAGCAUGACCUCAAGAGCCUGAUGGAGACCAUGAAGCAGCCGUUCCUGCCAGGGGAGGUGAAGACGCUGAUGAUCCAGCUGCUGUGUGGAGUGAAGCACCUGCAUGACAACUGGAUCCUGCACCGCGACCUCAAGACCUCCAACCUGCUGCUGAGCCACGCCGGCAUCCUCAAGGUGGGGGACUUUGGGCUGGCGCGGGAGUACGGGUCCCCUCUGAAGGCCUACACCCCUGUCGUCGUGACCUUGUGGUACCGCGCCCCGGAGCUGCUGCUGGGGGCCAAGGAGUAUUCCACGGCCGUGGACAUGUGGUCCGUGGGCUGCAUCUUUGGGGAGCUGCUGACGCAGAAGCCACUGUUCCCCGGGAAGUCAGAGAUUGAUCAGAUCAACAAAGUGUUUAAGGACCUGGGGACGCCCAGUGAGAAGAUCUGGCCCGGCUACAACGAGCUGCCAGCCGUGAAGAAGAUGACCUUCACCGAGUACCCCUACAACAACCUGCGCAAGCGCUUCGGGGCACUGCUCUCCGACCAGGGCUUCGACCUCAUGAACAAGUUCCUGACCUACUUCCCUGGGCGGAGGGUCAGCGCAGAGGACGGCCUCAAGCACGAGUAUUUUCGCGAGACCCCCCUCCCCAUCGACCCCUCGAUGUUCCCCACAUGGCCCGCCAAGAGCGAACAGCAGAGGGUGAAGCGUGGCACCAGCCCGAGACCCCCCGAGGGAGGCCUCGGCUACAGCCAGCUGGGUGACGACGACCUGAAGGAGACCGGCUUCCACCUCACCACCACCAACCAGGGGGCCUCAGCCACAGGCCCUGGCUUCAGCCUCAAGUUCUGAGGUUUAGAGUGGACCCCAGAAACAGCGGGACCAGGGGCAGGAGCGGCGACAGCCUGUGGGCCAGACCCGCGUCCUGCCCCGAGGACAGGCGGCUGCGGCCUGGGCUGCGGUGACGUGGCCUCGAGUCGAACUGCCGGCCCCAUUUUCCAUGUUCCGUUUGUCAGCUUGUAAAUCUGUAGAAUUAAAUCUUAUUUCUUCUGGAA